GCGUGACGUCAUCGCCAGCCAGACGUAAACAAGGAAGAGAAUAAAAGCGCCUAGCGAGCAGAGCUCCGGUUUGUGGUGAUUAAAAGUCAAUUCAGCUCAGGUCCAGCUUUAUUGGUUUUUCCGCGUUUACUGUAUAUUACUUCCACAAAUUAAUUAACAAAUAUUUCGUUAUAUUGAAAACGUCUCAUAGUCAUAAACACUUUUAAUACCGAAUAAUUGCUGAAAUGGACCUCAAACACAGACAGAUACUUCAGAGGAACAGGCUUAAUCUAAUCACGGCAUUAAGUCCUGCAGACAUCUGCGAUGGACUUUUGUCAAAGGGAGUCUUCACCCAGGACAUGAUCGAUGAAAUACAGAGCAAGAUAACAAGACGUGACCAAGCCAGGCAACUGGUGAUAGACUUAGAGACGAGAGGGAGUCAGGCUUUUCCAGCUUUCCUGGAGUGUCUGCGUCAAACUGGCCAACAUGCCCUCGCAGAGCUCCUUCAGUGUGGAGAUGGUGCUCGUCUGCCUCCUUCUGUCCCCAUACAGCCUUCGCUGAUCCCUCUGCCAGUCCAAAAUCCAAAGUAUACAGAAAAACCUGACAGACCUGAUUUUACUCCAUCACGGUUAGGACCACUGAGACCAGAACGACUCCCUGUGCCCAAUCCUCUUAGCCCAUCUUCUGAAACUCAAGCUGUGAGACCAACCAGACAGAGAAGAGACAGUAUACAGUGCUAUAAGAUGGAUGCCAGUCCUUGUGGGAUCUGCCUGAUUAUAAACAAUGUGGAUUUUGACCCAGACUGUGAUCUAAAAGAUCGAACGGGGUCGGACAUUGACUGCGACAAGAUGGAGAAAAGAUUUAAAGCUCUCAACUUUGAGGUUAUUGCAAAAAGGAACUUGAAGUACAAACGCAUAAGACAUGAGAUGGCAUCUUUAGCAAAGAGGGAUCAUUCUGCGUAUGACUGCUGUGUGGUGAUCAUCCUUUCACAUGGUACUGAGGCAAACCACAAUCGUUUUCCCGGAGCAGUUCAUGGUGUUGACGGACCAGCUGUCCCAGUUCAGUUAAUCACAAACUACCUCAACGGCCAGAACUGUCCUUCUCUGCAGGGCAAGCCCAAACUGUUCUUCAUCCAGGCUUGUGGAGGAGGUGAGAAGGACACAGGUUUUGAGGUUUCUCCAGAUGAGGUGGAGCCCUCUUUGGGUGGGAUAGAUGACCAGAUGGACGCUAUUCCCAUAUCCUCCAGCAGUGACUCUCUCAGCACGUCUGAUGAACUUGAUGCUCGGGCCACUUUGCCUACACCCAGCGACAUCCUGGUGUCCUACUCAACCUUUCCAGGCUACGUCUCCUGGAGGGACACACAGGCCGGAUCCUGGUAUGUGGAGAAUCUUGAUUGUGUGCUUGAGGAGAAUGCUGCCACGGAUGAUCUGGUGACCAUGCUAAUGAUGGUAAAUGCUGCAGUCUCCCAGAUAUCUGCCAAAGGCCUGUAUAAACAAAUGCCCGGAUCGUUCAACUUCCUCCGAAAACUUCUCUACUUUCAGUCUUCACUGUCAUGAUCACUUGAA